AAUCAACCGAAACAAGGCCUUCUAAUAAAUCGAUCAAAAUUACUACUCAGGCGGCUCUGUCCAGACAUAUACUCGGAUCAUUUUGCCUAUUAGCACUGGACAUGACUAAAAUACAAAGCCCUUACCUUCCCGUCUUUCACGGAUUCUGACUUGGAUUGUCUAGAAAUAUUGUCGAAACAUGUUACGGACGUCGAACUUUGGAACUGCAGUCCAUCAAAUGGUACCCGUGGUUCAGCACCUGAGUGUACAAAAGGACUCAAAAUGUAGGAUUGGGACAGCAGCCUCAGCAGCACCCACUCUGUUCUCGCAUACACAUUUCCCACUCACAAUUAUACAAUUCAAGCCUGCUAACUUGGUCAGCGUGGCCUUCUUGGCUUCUUCUGUUGCAGCUAUCUGUCCCGGUUACAACUAUGGAAUCAUAGACCUCGGGUAUGACGUCGGCACUGGAAAGGAGGGCUACGCCGUGGUGGAUGAUUCUUGUAACCAGGUGGCUGGAGCCAUUACUACCAAUGUCUGCGACGAACCACUGUUCUCCUGCUCGCCGGCGCCUAUCACGAUUACAGGCCUCCAUUAUGGUGGUCAAAACUAUGCUUGCAGAGGCGACGUUAACUCAGGAUCUUGCAACGGUGCUGCCGUCCAAGUUUGUUGCCGAAAUGAUGGAAACUGAUGCCCUUUGACAAACAUCCAUCUUCGCUAGUAGCUUUCGACAAUAGAUGUCCUAUUUCUGCAUAUAUACAGGUUUACCAUUUGACUGGUGAAUGGAUGAUCAUUGAAAUUUUAAAAGCUUUGAGGAGAACAAAACAAUGCAGCGAGAAGGGGGAAAGCUCGUAUGGCAGCGAGACUCGAG